UUCGCAUUCGAAGGAACUUGGCAUUCGUACGGAGGGGGAGGGGAUGGUUUUUCGCGACGAGCGGGAAACGAGAUUUCGCGGUCGCUCGGCGUCGAGAUGGCAAUGCCAGAAGCGUCGAGCGGUCCGUCAAAAUUCCGAAUAUUCACGUCGCCUGGGUGUAGGGCCCUCCUGGCGCAUACCGGUGUGCGGCUCGAGUGCGGCUCGCGCAAAAAAUAUGUGUAAUUAAAACUCGACGCUCCGGGGGAUGCUCCGCGUAGAGGCGCGCGGGUGAAGGGGAGGAGAAGGAGAGGCGUAAAGGGGUGGAAAGCGAUAGAGAGACGUCCAGACGACACAGGCGUAAAGGUUAGGAGGACGGAAUAAUCAGGGGCUCGAGAAGAAGAGGCGAAUGUGACGAUUUCGAGACCUCUCUCCCUCUUUCUCUUUCUUUCGGGGCAGCAAGAUGUGCGACAAGCGUCUGUGCGCGUGCGAGAGGAAGGUCCAACCAGGCUUCAUGAGCCCCUUCGACGAUCGGGUGAAAGCCCUCGACGAGGCGUACGAAAAUUUCAGCAAGAUGGAGAGCCAGUCGUUGCUGAAAAAACACUUGACCAGACAGAUAUUCAACAUGCUCAAAUCGCGUUUGACGAACACCGAAUCCUCCUUGAUGGACGUGAUACAAUCGGGCCUGAAGAACCUGGACUCCAACGUUGGUAUAUACGCCCCUGACCAGCACGCUUACAGCGUGUUCGCGCCACUGUUCAAUCCUGUGAUCGAGGAGUAUCACAAAGGCUUCACGCCGGAGGACGUGCACCCCCUGUUGGACUGGGGCGACCCUGACAAGUUGGGCAACCUCGAUCCCGGGGGAGAGUUCAUCAUCUCCACGAGGAUCCGUUGCGCGAGGUCGGUCAACGGUUAUCCGUUGAAUCCAACAAUGACCAAGUCUCACUAUCAAGAGUUGGAGACGAAGCUGCAACAAAUCUUGAACACGUUAGAGGACGAACUGAAGGGGAAUUAUUACAGUUUGAUCAAGAUGGACAAGAUAACCCAACAACAACUGAUAGACGAUCAUUUCCUGUUCAAAGAGGGCGAUCGAUUUUUAGAGGCGGCCAAUGCCAUUAGGUUCUGGCCAGUCGGCAGAGGUAUAUUUUACAACGAUUCGAAAACUUUCCUCGUCUGGUGCAACGAGGAGGAUCACCUGCGUCUAAUAUCGAUGCAGAAAGGCGGAGAUCUGGCAGCCGUGUACUCGAGGCUCGUUAAAGGGGCCACCGAACUCAGCAAAAAAAUACCAUUCUCGCGGCAUCGCCGGCUGGGCUACCUAACCUUCUGCCCGACCAACCUUGGAACAACGAUCAGGGCCUCUGUUCACGCCCGGUUCCCCAAAUUGAACAAUAAUCCUGAGAGAUUCCACGAAAUAGCAAAUAUGUACAAUCUUCAGCUGCACCAGAAUCAAAAUAUCAUCCAAAUUUCGCUUACGCGUAUAGUAAGUAUUUGCUCCCAUCUUGGAAAGGGCAAUCUGACCAAUCGAACACUAUUCGACGACACGUCAGGCAACAAAUAUGCCACGAGGAAAAACGUGGGCCGACAUCGCGACCAAACAAGAAAAUAACGCAAAACGGACGUCGACACCGUUCCACUUACAGAACGUCGAUUUCCUCGUUUCUUCUUCGUGAAACGAAAUCCACGACACGUCCUUUUCCAGCUGUUCCCUCUACAGAGACCCUUCCUUUUCCGCCCCAUAAUUCUCAGCCUUGAUCCUCGCUGAAAUAUUCAUCAACCGUCUUGUCCCGAUUCUCUUUUCGGUCUCUUUCAAUUAUCGCUCUGGAUAAGUCGGGUCCGUUCCUUUUCCUCCUUUUUUUUUUUUUUUCAGUAGGCAAGUUCGUGUUGCCUCGUCACGGUCGUUUAAUCGUAAGAUCAAAUUCUUGGAGUUGACAAAAAAAA